CACAAAACACAACCAAAACAAUCAUCACUCAAUCAUGAAGCUUGUUUACUCUCUCACCCUUUCCUUCCUCCUGUUUGUUUUCAUCACCAAUCUUUCUCUAGCUUUCCCAAAUGGUAAUGAGCAAGUACUUGACAUAAUGGGUGCACCCGUUAUCGCAGGAAAGAAAUACUACAUUACCUCUGCUUCCAUUGGUGGUGGCGGCCCUGGUCGUGGAUUAGAACUAGGAAAAACCGGUAACUCCGACUGUGAAGUUACUAUCCUACAAAGUAACAACCCAUUUGCCUUUGCAACAUCAGUGAAAUUUACCAAUUUAGAACACAGUUCUGAAAAAAUCUUCACCAGUACGCCACUUGUGAUUGAAGUUAGUGAGAAGCCUGAUUGUGCUGAUUCAUCAAAAUGGAUAGUAUUUGUUGAUAACAUUAUUCAUAAAUCUUGUGUUGGAAUUGGUGGUUAUGGAAACUAUAAUGAUUUCCCAAUAGUUUCUGGCACAUUCGGUAUCUUAAAACAUGAAAAUGGUUAUCAGUUUGGAUUUUGCCGUGAUGGAUUUGGUGCUUGUUAUGAUAUUGGGACGUAUCAACAUUUUGGUGAAGGUGGAAAACGUUUGUAUUUGGCUGAACGGGAGUUAAGAGACCCUUUUCCAUUUAUUUUUAUUCCUGCUUCCUUUGAAACUGGAAUAAUUAAGUCUCUUGUUGCAUGAGUUCAAUUUAUCUAACUAGCAAUAGCUAGCUAGACUUGCUCUAUGUAAGCUUAAGAUAAUAAAAUAAAUGGAAUCAAUACAAUGUAUUAAUUCCUUCCUUA